AUUUCUUGUAGAAUGGAUUUGGCUGCGGUUACUCCUAUUGAACGCAUUGCGGGAGUGGAAGGAUUGGACCGCAGCCACAGAUAUGCAACCAGAUGGUUGACAGACAGGACGUCGAGGCCGCCGAUCUUCCGAAACAGGUAGCCUUGAUACUUUUUGAAAAGGUCGUUCUGCGGCGCGUUCCUUGCUCAGGCCGUCCCGAAGUUGAUGCGACCGGUUCUCCGAGAAAAGUCUGCGGCUCCGAUAUCCACUCUUCGGUCAGAACCGGCGUCGUCUAAUUGGACAACACCAACCCUGAGCAUCAUCGCUGAUAGAGUAUCAUAGUGACAACACUGUACGUCAGCUGCAAAGGGUUGCGUGCUAGACCUGCCAUUUUCGACUAUUCUCGAAAAAGAAGAUGAUGUUAUUAUUUCUCGGUGUCAUGAGAACAAAAAUGAGAUCACCAGAUGUGUAACAUUACAACCGUUGUCAACACUCAGCUAGCGAAAGCCUGUGAACAGUGGAACGCAAGGCUAAAAACGACAUCGAAGAUACCAGACCCACCGUGUCCAUCCUUCCAGGCUCCAACAACCCAAUCGAAACCGAGUCGCCUUCACUGGCCGGACCAAUGCUUGUCUGCAGGUAGCGUCCCCUUCAACGAAACCACUGCAAAUCUCGGCCGAUGCAUUAGAAAUUGCCAGCCCACAUUCAGACCUCCACCACCUGGCCUGGGUACAGAUGUUGCCAGCAAAGAAAAUUUGUUUGUUUUCCCCAGUGAUCUAACCAUCCCACCCCCUCCCCCUUCUGUCAUCUGUCUUCCCCCAGUCACCCCAUCAUCACUCCUCCAUUCUUUAUAACCCCAUCCCCCAAACCCCUCAUUUAUAAAUCACUUCCUUCCCCAUAAUCUUUCCUUCCUUCUCCUCUUCACCUUGUCUGGUUGGCAUCUUGCAAGUCUUUGUUCUGUUUAUACCCUCCCUCCAUUGCCAACAACUAAUUGGGUUCCUUUCAUCAUGCGUUUCUUUGGGAAGAAGACCUCGGACGAGGUGCCGCCGGAGAAGGGCACCCCUGAGACCACCACUCCCGCUCAAACACCUCCUCGCCAGGCCUCUGAUAUUGCUGCUUUGGCUCCGGAAGGACGAGUGCCUAUGGUGGCGAUCCUUCUAGGAGCCGUCGCCAGUAUCGGUGGUUUCAUGUUCGGUUACGAGUCUGGUCAGAUUUCUGGUUUCCUCGCCAUGCCAGACUUUGUCGCGAGAUUCGGUGAGGAUGGCAAGUUCUCUGCUGUUCGCCAGGGAACGAUUGUCGGUCUUCUUGCUAUCGGUACUCUUUUGGGCUGCCUGUGCUCUGCUCCCCUCGCUGAUCACUUUGGACGUCGUCUCACCAUCUCCGGAUCUGCCUUCUUCUACAUUGCCGGUGUCAUUAUCGAAAUCACCAGUGAAACCGUCUGGGUCCAAUUCGCCAUGGGCCGUUUCGUCGCCGGUCUCGGUAUCGGUGCCUUGUCCACCGUCGUCCCCAUGUACCAGUCUGAAUCCAUCCCCAAGCGUAUCCGUGGUGCCACUGUUGCUUCUUACCAGUUGCUCAUCACCAUGGGUAUCUGGACCGCGUACAUGGUCAACUACGGCACUUCCGACAGCUACUCCAACAGUGCACAGUGGCGUAUUCCCAACGGUCUCUCUGCUCUCUGGGCUAUUCUUUUGGGAUCUGCUAUCUUGUUGCUUCCCGAGUCCCCCCGCUACGCUUACCGCAAGGGCCGCAUUGAUGAGGCUCGCGGCAACAUGGCCCGCUUGAACGGCGUCGAGCCUAACCACCCCCUCAUCGACGCCGAGAUUGCCGAAAUCCAGGAGAAAUUGGAAGCCGAAUCUGCUGGUGGAAACCACGCUUGGUACGAGGCUUUCACCGGUCCUCGCAUGAUGUACCGUGUCAUUCUCGGUAUGGUCCUCCAAGCCGGCCAACAACUCACUGGCGCCAACUACUUCUUCUACUACGGUACCACCAUCUUCGCCGCCACCGGUCUCGAGAACAGCUACGUGACCUCCAUCAUCCUCGGCACCGUCAACGUCGCUGCCACCAUCUUCGGGAUCUGGAUCGUCGAGAACGUCGGCCGCAGAAAGGCCAUGAUGGCAGGCGCAGCAUGGAUGGGCGUCUGUCUCUUCAUCUACUCCUUCGUUGGCCACUACCAACUCGAUCACGUCAACCCGCAAUCGACCCCGCAAGCCGGCAACAUCAUGAUCGUCUUCACCUGUCUCUUCAUCGCCGCGUUCGCGACCACCUGGGGUCCCCUCGUCUGGGCCAUCGUUGGAGAAUUGUAUCCCGCCCGCUACCGCGCUACCUGCAUGGCUGUCGCCACGGCUAGCAACUGGCUCUUCAACUUCCUCAUCUCCUUCUUCAGCACCAUGAUCACGGACAACAUCGACUACUUCUACGGUCUUGUCUUCGGAGGCUGCUGCUUCGCCCUCUUCAUCGUCGUGUACUUCUUCAUGAUCGAGACAAAGGGCCGUUCGCUCGAGGAGAUCGACACCAUGUACAUCCUCCACGUCAACCCCAUCACCAGCGCAAAGUGGGACGGCGAGUCGCUCCAGAAAGACGGCCUCGUUGACACCGAUCGUUUGCACCUCGGCCCUGGCGGGCGCACGUUCAGCAAGGCUGAGGCCGGCGCGCCCCACGAAGGCGUGUUACAGAGGAACGAGAAUGUUACCGUUUAA